CGCGCCAAAUUUUAACAUCAAGUGAUGCGUGUCGAUAUGGCAAUGUGACCAGGUGAUGAAUGGUUGGACGUCCGGUUUGUUCGGCUGCCUGUUACUUGGGGCAAUUUUAUGUGGUCGUGACUCAUCGACUUACGCCUUGCUCAUCCAUGUCAUCGGUUUCCUUAAACUGAAACAUGAAAACAUGGUCUUGUCAAUGACAACAGCAAGAGCUAAACACGGUUCAUACGGUUCAAGAAUACCCAAAUAUAAAAUUAAAGCUCAACAUGAUGUGUGGGACUACUUGCAUGAUACAAUGCUACGUCUUAGUUGCACAUCAAAUGACCAAUACAUCUUUGAAUCUGAAGACCACACAGAGCAGGUUCCUCCAUUUGCAUGUAGCACCUCCAAGAUGGCCAAAAGUCCUCAUCUGUUGGCUGUGGUCGAUGAGGAUGGAUUUGUGACUCUCUUUGACACGCGACACUCUGCCGAAGUUGUCAAAGUGUUUCGAGCGCACAAAAACGCUGUUUUUGACGUAGCCUGGGCCAGCGGUAGGAAUCAGCUGGUGACUGCAUCGGGGGAUCAGAUGGCAGGGCUGUGGGAUGUAGCAGCUGGCAAGGCCCUCGGCAUCUUCAAGGGUCACAGCUGUAGCCUGAAGUCGGUGUGUUUCCGACCCGGUGACAGUCACGUCUUUGCCACGGGAGCCAGGGAUGGCAACAUCUUGGUGUGGGAUACAAGGUGCAACAACAGAGGUGGAAAUCAAGUCCCCCACCAUACGGCAGUCAACGUUAUCAAGGAGGCACAUGCCGAGGCGUCCAAGCUACGCCACACCCCCUCCAGGAAGCGGAGCAGGUUAUCUCCCUCGCUGCCAGUCAGGGGUGACAACCUGUCCAGUGUCACUGUCAUCAACUUCCAGGAUGACAUGUCCUUGUUCUCAACUGGUGCUACUGACAGCACAAUCAAAGUUUGGGAUCUAAGGCAAUGCAACAAGGGAAUGAAGAAGGCACCAAUGCCGAAACAGGUCUACCCUUAUGCAGGCUCCAGCAUCAAAAAUGGUGGAUUUUCGAGCCUCGUCUUCAACUCUUUGCGCACCGAGUUCUAUGCAAAUUGUACCGACAAUGUCAUCUAUCGCUACAGUGCCCUAGGCUCCCCAACCUGGCCCAUUGCAACUUACUCCGGUCACCUGAACUCCUCCUUUUGUGUGAAGAGUGCCCUCUCGCGGGACGAUGGUCUUCUGCUCAGUGGCUCUGGAGAUGGCAAGGCAUAUAUUUGGAAUGUCAAACGGCCUCAAGCAUCUCCCAUCACUCUCUGUGAGCAUAACGAUGAGGUUACCAUGGUUACCUGGGUAGAGGAUGACUUCCCCAAGAUCGUAACUGGUGCCGAUGAUGCCUCCCUUCGCAUCUGGCGAUUGCACAAAUAUGAAGGCCUGCCUACUCACCAUCAUGCAGAAAACGUACUCAUCGGACACGCUGAAAAGUCAAACAUUCAGAUGAAGGAGAAUUUACCACCUGUUGCCCAAAACAUUGCCCUACAAACGUGUCAUUCCACACCCCCGCGGCUGGGCAGAACCGCUUCACAUGAACAUGAAACUAUGAAAGGCACCUCAUUCCCCCCAACAACACCCACAACUCCCAAACCUCCAGUCAGACGAAACUCUUCGAUAUCUGAAUGGCUCAAGAACAGCCCAAAAAGCGACACCAGAUGUAAAGCAGCUACCCAAGAUGUUGAGAACUCGUGUCCAAACACCAACCUUGAGAACAAGGAUCCUCCCCCACCAAAAAUGCCAAAGGAAAAGCUUACCAUUCUCGGAACUUGUGUAAAUCCAGAUCAUUUCAAUAAUGGCAGCAUCAAAGUGAGUGGCUUGGAAAAGAUUGUUGUCAGCUCAAACUCAGAUGUUUUUGACCUUCAAGAUAACAGAAGUACCUCCAACACCAGAGAUGCCAAUUCUGCUUCAGAGGGGGAUGACAGUUCUAAUUUGGAGACGUGUAAGAGGUCAUCAAGGUAUUUGGAUAUGCCAGAGAAAAAAAGGAAAUCAGAGAUUCUGGAGGGUGUGUCAGCAGCAAAUGAUAAAGACAGUGAUAAAAACAUGGACUUGGAAUCAACUUUGAGUUCAAGAAGCAACAGAAAUGAUCACCAGGAGGUAUUUUCAAAUAAGAACCCGCAGCAUAGGCCCAAUCCUUUGAGGUCAACUGGAAACCAAAUGAAUUGCCAAAGCUCAGAUGAUAAGUCUGCUGAUUCUUUUUGUUGCAAGACGGUGCAUUUGAAAGCUGCUGUCAGAGAAAUGGACACAGAUUUGAAAGAAUCUCCUCAUCCUGGUCAAAAGCGCAAGAGGAAAGAGUCAGCUGAAGAGUUACCCUCUGAAACCGAAAGUCUAAAGAGUGGCAAUCAGAUUCCAAACAGUUCUGACACGAUAGCUGCUGUAUUCCCACCGGGACUGGUGAAGCGGAGCAGAAGUCUUGAUUUGCAGAGGGAUGCGGGCAAGAAGAGGACAAUAGCGAGGGGCUCUUUGACAAGCCACGCCCAGCAUCAGGUGUGUACAUGUAGUUGCUCUGGAAACCACAGGCACCCACCCAGUAAUUCUGCAGCAGGUAGUGGAGCCGCCAACGAUGAUGUAUCAACCCAAACCACAGAACUGAAGGACUGUCAAGAUGGAACAUCUUUAGGCAGAGACACACCAAAGAUGAGCAACUGUAAUGGAUCAACUAAAAACAUCUGCUUCUAUUUUCGGCCACAUGCCAAAGAGGUCAGAAGGUCCUACUCUGACAGCUCCCGGAUAAAGAGCGAUUCCUCACCAACCGCAACUACAUGCAAGUCAGGUGACUCAAAGUGAUAUAUCAGUAUGGACCAUGUGCAAGAGCUGGAGAACAGUUUGCAUGGUUGACUGGUGAUGAGCACCAUUUUGUGACCUCUACUGCAAGUCCACCACCAUGAAGUAUUCUAGUUAUUACAGAAGUAUUCCGUUGUCAUUGCAGUUGUGAACUGACUUAUUGUAAUCAGGCUGGUGAGAAACUCAAUUGCAACAUUGGUUGGGACACUGAUAUUUUCCUUGUGGUACUGGUCAUAUUGAAUUUAAUCCUUCCACCUUACCCCUCACCUUCCCUAACCAAACAGAAUUAAACAGUAGUACAUGUAAAGUGCUUAAAUCUGUGGGGAUAGGUCUGGUAGGCCCAUAACAGCUGGG